ACUUAGAGAGAGAAUUUUAAAUGGUAGAGAGGAUGAUUAAGAGAGAGAAAGGAGGAAACAGAUUGAUAAUCGUGAUGGGAUCGUGUAAAGAUGAGAAAUCGAGAAGGGUUUGGAGAGGAUUGAAAACCCUGUUUUUCUUGGUAACUAUGUUGAUUUCUCUCCUACUUUUCUCUGCUCCUGUUCUUCUUGUCAUAGCAGAUGCGUUUCUCCCUUCUGCAAUUCUUUCCACUUCACUUCCUCUUUCAUUUGGGACUCUUUCUUCGUAUCUAAGCAACUAUGAUUUCAGAUACUCUUUAAUCGAUAUACCUCUCAUCUCCAUCGCCAGAUCAGCCGUGAUCUUAUGUGCUUAUUAUUUGUGUGAUGGACCGAUGGUUUCUCGGGGGCCAUACUUGGGGGUUACAGCUCUGUGUUCGUUGCUUUCUCUGAUAUUUGUUUCCUUUAAGGCGUCUUAUGUACUCUUCAACGGUGAAGGAGAAGGGUAUAACAGAGUAAUGGAAAUGGAGUUGUUCGUUUGCUCUUGGGCUUUGGCCAUCGCUCACACUGUCGUCGCCUACAGGACCAGUUGCCGGCAAAGACGAAAACUUCUUGUCUACAAAAUUGACAUUGAAGCGGUUUCUGCUUGCAAGAAGGGAUUUCCAGCAUACCAAAAGCUAGUUAAAGAGGAGAGAAUGAAGUAAAUCUGCAGGAGGGGAUGGGUUGGAUUGGGGAAGAUGCUUCCCUAGCUUCACAUCCAUCCCCCCCCCC